AUGGUUUUGGCUCCGGGGACGUCCCCUGAGGUCUUCGCCCCCGCACGGAGCACAGGGUCUCUACUUCGGGGGGGCCCACGGGGUGAGGGGAUCGGAAAGGCCGACCAGCCCCCAGCAGGCCAGAAAACGGGCUCGGGACCCAGUCUCUUGCAGGACGGGGACGUGCAGCGUCACCUCUACCUCCAAGAUGUGCUCACACAGGUGGCCCAGGCGCCCGAGAGGCCCAGGGUGCCUGCGUUUGCCUGCCGGGUGGCAGGAUGCUGCCAGGUGUUUGAUGCCCUGGACGACUAUGAACACCACUAUCACACGCUGCAUGGAAACGUCUGCUCCUUUUGCAAACGGGCCUUUCCCUCUGGACACCUGUUGGAUGCCCACAUCCUGGAGUGGCACGAUUCACUCUUUCAGAUCCUGUCCCAGAGGCAGGACAUGUACCAGUGCUUGGUAGAAGGCUGCACAGAGAAGUUCAAGACAAGCAAAGACCGGAAGGAUCACAUGGUGAGGCUUCACCUGUACCCCACAGAUUUCCAGUUUGAUAAGCCAAAGAAAAACAAAGGCCCAGCCACACCGAGGGCCGGCACCAGCACCUCAGAGGAAGCCCUGAGGGAUGACAGGGAACAGCUGGAAGGGGAGGCGAUGGAAGUCUGCUCUGAACCUGUGGCCAGCUCUGCAACUCCCAUGGGUGAAAGGCGGACCUAUAGUCGUAGAAUACCUUCUACCAUCUGUUUCGGUCAGGGUGCAUCUCGAGGAUUCAAGAGCACCAAGAAGAGAAACAAACAGUACUGAUGGAUUCAGACAGAGAAAGAACCAGGCAUCUGAGCAGACCCCGAGGUGGAGAUUGGGAGGUGGUCGCCUAUUGUAGGAGUGGUAUCAGCAGCAAACUUUUCUCUGACCUCCUUGUGUGGCCACGCAGGGGCCAGGUCUUUGCCACCCUCCCCACCUCUGUCCCUCAGCAAAUGACGUCCACAGCUGUUAUCAGAAGCAGUAAGGAAUCUGCAGAUUUCAGAAAAGGCCUCGAUGCACUCUGGGGAAUGGGAUGUGGGUGGCCUACCUCCCUCUGCAGGGCCCACCCUAAAAAUGUAAAGUUGUACUUUUUAAGCAUGCGAAGUAAGUGCUUUUCAUUGUU